GUAUGGGUACAAACCCAUCAAACUCUACCCAUAUCCAUCUAUUUGGAUUUCAUACCCAACCCAAUUGGGUUGGAUAGUAAAAAACCGAUGGGUAUGGACAAAGUUGCCAUCCCUAGGUGAGAGCAGUCAACUUGAUAUUUUGGACAAAAGAGAAUCAUUAGCCGUUUGAGUUACUAGUAAAAUCUAAGAUGAAGUUGAAUGAGAUAAACUUGAGAACAUAAAUAUACGAACGUAACUUUGUGGGUUUAGAAAGAUUAGAAGAGUUUGUAGCAAUGUUAAGUUUUUUAGUUAUAAUUAAUUGUCUAUCCUUAUUUGCAUUGGCAAUAAAUAGAAAAUCGGCACGGCCGACUCGAUCGAGAUCGUGCCGAUGUUGCAUUGGUUGAUUAAUGUUAGAGAGUGGUAUAAGAUCCACGAUUGAAUCUCUCCCAACAACUCGAGUUAUUGGGAUCAACUGGUUCUUGAUAUGGUAUCAGAGCCUAGAAUCGAAAAGUCAUGUGUUCGAAUCUCCACGACCCCCAAUAUUAACCGUUGUCUUUCAAGCAAACAACUCGAGUUAUUGGGAUCAACUGGUUCUUGGUUCUUGAUAAUUAAUGAAAUGAAGCCUCUUUCUUUCGUCGGCAAAUAUAUCUGAAUCUAUGCCCCCAAUGAGCGUCCAUAAAACUAAGAUUAAAAUCAAUGGUGGAAUGGAAUGAUUAAUUGGCGAUGAUGAGAACAAAAAGGGUAUCAACAGCUUGGUGAUGAACGAGCCUCGACGAAGAUUCUAAUGCAAACUAAGACCGUCGAUGCCCUUUGUUCCACUUCGCUAUAUGACAAACUCUCCUGCCUUCAUACAUUACAUCAGUUUCCUUUGUGGGUCAGUUUAAACCGAUCACUAAAUUUUUAGUUUUUGACGAACUUGUCAUCGAAAUAUGGGGGGAAAUAAAACUUGUAUGUCCGAAGUAUCGACAUUAGCAUGUUAUUUCAAGAAGAUUAAGAUAAAAAAAAGACGAGAUAAAUGAAACUUUCGAAACUACGAAUUGCAAGGUUUAAUAAUCAUUGUAUAGAUAGGAACAUUGGAUUGUCUGACAAAUUUCAUUCAGAGCAAGUGUUGAUUUGAACUGAAUAGCUCAUGUCAACUAAUUGGCAUGUAUAUGAACUCAUAUUUGAUUCAUGGAUACAUCAAUCGCUUAUGUUAUCUAUUUCAAACUCCAGUGACAAACUUGGUCAAAAAUCAAACUUGAGUGACCUUUUAUCAAUUGAUCAUCACCCCUUUCCCUAACUAUACUCAAUCGUUUUUAAUUAGACAACUUAACAUAUUGAUAAUAGAUACUUUCGCCCAACUUUGUCUUUACCGCCGAACAAAAGAAUAAUCCACCGAUCUUUGUUAUAAUGAAGCCAACAACUCACCAUUUCCCCACAGCCAUUUGCAUUGCACAUAUAUAUCUAUCUUCUUCUUGUUGUAGCUCUCUUCCCACACAGCGAGCGAUCUCUUGCUGUGCAAGACAUCAACAUAUAUAUAAUCCAUCACCAUGUGUUCUGUGUUCUCUCUAAAGCCUUGUAGUAAUGUCGCAAUAUCAGCUGAUAGUAGCAUUACAGAGUCGUCGUGGAAGAGGAACUGUGUCUCUGCCAGAGCACAAGUGAUAGUGAAUGUCACCACGGCAGCUCCAAAUAAGCGAUCUUCGUUGCUGUUGAAGCAAUUAGGUAUUCCUCACAGUGAUCUACGCGUGGAGGAGAUUGUGGAGAGGCAGUCGUCUCGUAAGGAGUUUUAUAGCAGCUUCAGCACCGAUCAUGAAGUGAUGAGCAGGAAGAUUAAGCCAAAGUUGGAUGGUGAAUUUCUUGAUGAAUCCUAUGAAAGGUGUAGGGAGAUUUGUGCUGAAUAUGCUAAGACUUUCUACCUGGGAACUAGGCUAAUGACAGAGGAGCGGAGAAAGGCAAUAUGGGCAAUCUAUGUUUGGUGUAGGAGAACGGAUGAACUAGUGGACGGCCCAAAUGCAGAUUAUAUGAUGACCAAUUCGACGGUAUUGAAUAGAUGGGAAGAGAGACUAGAAGACAUAUUUAAUGGUCGGCCUUAUGACAUGUUUGAUGCUGCUCUCACUCAUACGAUUUCUCAAUUCCCCCUUGACAUCAAGCCAUUCAGGGACAUGAUCGAGGGAAUGAGAAUGGACACAUGGAAGUCGAGGUACCAGAACUUCGAGGAGCUGUACCUCUACUGCUACUAUGUGGCCGGGACAGUAGGGCUGAUGAGCGUCCCGGUGAUGGGGAUAUCUCCGACCUCCUCUGCCUCUGCUCAAACCAUCUACGACGCAGCUCUCUACUUGGGCAUUGGGAAUCAGCUCACCAACAUCCUUCGCGACGUCGGCGAAGACGCGUUGAGGGGCAGAGUAUACCUUCCCCAGGAGGAGCUUGCGCAGUUCGGGCUGUCCGACAGAGAUGUCAUGUCAGGGAAAGUGACAGACGGGUGGAGGGAGUUGAUGAAAGCUCAGAUCACGAGGGCCAGAUCCUACUUCAACCUCGCCGAGGAAGGAGCCUCCCACCUCGACGACGCCAGCCGUUGGCCGGUGUGGACGGCGCUGUUGGUGUACAGGAGUAUAUUGGAUGAGAUUGAGGAGAAUGACUAUGAUAACUUGAACAAGAGGGCUUAUGUUGGGAAGGGGAAGAAGCUGCUCAUGCUGCCCUUAGCUUACACCAGAGCUCAAUCUCGACCACCUACUUUCUUAACUAAUAAUUAAAUCCUUCUGUUCACACCUUAUGUGCAUGUAAUGUAAUGUAAUGUAAAACACUCGAGAUCAUCCAUCGCUUGAGCCACCCUCCCCUCAACCAAUUGUGUCUAUAGUCUAUACUAUACUAGUAUAUAUAUGUAUGUUGUUACAUAUACAACAAUGUGGUUUAGUAAUUUGUGAGAAUCCGAUUAAUUCUUUCCCAUGCUUCAAAGUUACGUUGUCCGCUAUUUGAAUUUUCAGUCUUGGUAAAUUGAUUUUAUUCUCAUUUCAUUUCGAUUGUAUAAUUAAUUAUGUUACACCAGUAAUAUUAAGAGAAUCUUGUGAGGCUGAAUGAUGAAAAGACAAGGGUGAAGUGGACUGGACAAAGUUCCGAGAGAUGUCUAAUGAACUGUGUUGAAAGUU